AAGCGCAAAGCUAUUGAGCAUAGCUUUGAAAAGCUGUGCUGUUAAAAGUGUGCUUUGACUUUUAGCUGACUAUUAUUGUUAUUAUUUUACAACCAACUUUAUAUAUACAACUGAACAUGAACAGUACCUGCAUGGAAUUCGCUCCGAGGUCCUCUUCGUUCGCUUAAACAGCACAUGGCACUCUUAAUUGGAAAAACCGGAAGACGUCAAAGUUGAAGGGUCAGUGACGUCACGCCAGGCUAACAGCUACUGAAGCUAACGCCAACAAGACAGUAAACAUGUCAGACACCGAGGAAAGUACAGCCGCUCUUGUUCCGUGUGUGCUGGUCACCAGCAGUGACUCUGGCUUUGAAGAAGAAGAGAUAGUCAAACAGAUUCUCGGCACACAGACGUUACCGGAGUCAGUUAAGGGGGAAGACACUGUGCGCUGCUAUCCAUGGACUAUUAACAACAAAUACUACACAGCAGAUGUCAGGCUGUGUGUGGUGCCGAGCACUUUUCAAAUGACCUCAGAGGUUGCUCAGACUAUGCAGGCAUUCGUGGCUUAUUUCGACAGUGCACGGAAAGAUGGACUGGAAAGGCUGCAGCCCUGGAUACCAGUGGUGGAGGAUAUAGCUCCUGAGGUGCUCAUCCUGGUCUGUGACAGGGUUUGUGACACAGGCAUCUCCAGACAUGAGGCGCAGCAGUGGUGUCUAGCCCACAGUUUUGAGUUGGUAGAACUGAAUCCUCAGGAGGUACCCGAUGAAGAAGAUGACUUCCCAGAGUCCACUGGAGUAAAAAGAAUCAUCCAAGCUCUGAAUGCCAACGUGUGGUCCAGCGUGGAGAUGAAAGAUGGACACAAUCAGGGGUUUGGUCUCAUGAGCAGCUUGGUGGCAGCGAGACACAACAAUCCACGCAGCUGUCCUGAUCCCCAAUCCCCGGACACCCCAGUAGAGGGCGCAAUUGUAAAUGAAGAGCCCAACCAACCAGAGAGGAAAGAGGAGGACACCAUCGUGGAUGCAAUGACAGACCUCGACAUCCAGGAACUGGCAAAUCUCACAUCUGGAGAUGCAGACGAUAACUUUGAACGCCUCUUCACGAAACUGAAAGAAAUGAAAGACAAAGCUUCUUCAUUACCUCACGAGCAGAGAAAAGCUCACGCAGAAAAGGUAGCAAAAGCCUUCUGGAUGGCCAUCGGCGGAGACAAUGACGAGAUCGAUGGUUUAUCAUCGGGAGAAGAAAGCUAGAAUAAACUGCCACACAUUCCAUGUCCUACUAAAUGUCUGCCCUGCCCCAUGACUCUCUCAAGCUGACUCCUCACCAGUGUCCCAGGCACUGCCACGCUCAGAGACUUUUAAUUCAUUGAAAUAAAUAUCAAACUAUUGAUGUGAGAAGCUGAGGGGAGGGAGUCAAGACCAGGAGAGGAUCUCUUAAGUCUUAAGCUUUAGACCAUACACAAUCAUGAGCUGUCAGUAACUAUGGUCAUGUCACGCCUUUGUUUUGUUGAAUCAGCAUAAAGACCUUCA